AGAAAUGUCAGCUGAGCGGGCCACGAUGACAGAGUAAAACCGUGACCUCCACAACGACUCGACGAAAAGAAAAAUUCGCCGCGAUGGGCACGAAUUAAAUCAUGAUUACCAAGCAUUUCUAAGCAGCACGGUGCGCGCACAAGCAGAUUCAUCGAGUGCGUCGCGCAACCUGAAAUCAUGUGUUAAAUUGUUGCUGUUAUCUUUUCCAAACAAACAAAUAAUUUGACUUCGUUUCUCGAGUGCAAUAAACGCAGUUAGCUUGGAACAGUUCAAACAAAAGAAGAAACAAUCAUGAUGAGCAUGAAGUCUAUCUGGAGUUCAAUGUUUGCACCCAGGUUAAUUAAAUUGCAUGGCAAUGGCCAGGUUGAGAAAGUGUAUGAACCCAACGCCUUGGAAAACCUGGGCGAUCGCGUACUGCAAUCAAUAUAUUUUAUGUGGAAGUUAGGAGUUUAUACUUCACCACUUCUUGUUGGCUUCUUAUACCGACGCGGAUAUUUCGAAUAUGAUGGUUGUAUCACUCUUACAAAGGUCGCUGGAUUAAUUGGAGGCAUUUUGGCUGUUUCCUAUGUCAUACGCAGUUUGGGCCGAUCGACUAAUCCGAUGUAUCAGAAAUUUGUAAAAACCCUGAGUGAUGCACAGAACAAUCUUACACCAGACACCAAACAGAAGAUGGCACAGUUUGAUUUCGAAUUCUAUGCGUGGCCAGUCGAGUUUAAGUACAAUGAACUUGAUAAGGACGAUGUUCGAUCUCGUCAAUAUAUCACGAAAAAUCAGACAUCCCGCGGUGUCCUGCAGGUUGGCAGUUCACUACCCUGCCAUAUCCUGGGAUAUUUAGCUGUACACACCUUUGGAAUUCGAUUAAUUUAUCCUGGAUCACUAUCAAUAUUUAACAACUUGAUAUAUCAAACGUUAAUCCAAGGAAGAUCUCGUCUGAUUGAUGUAAAUAAUGGUCAACGGUAUAAACUAGAAACAAAAGACGAGAACCAAAUUGAUUCGAUGUUUAUCGAUCGUCGUAACACUGGAAAUUCCAACGGUAGCACUUUGGUUGUUUGCUGUGAGGGCAACGCUGGAUUUUACGAAAUUGGAAUUGCAUGCACGCCGAUUUCGAUGGGAUAUUCAGUCCUAGCAUGGAAUCAUCCUGGCUUUGCAGGCAGUUCCGGUAAACCAUAUCCACCACAAGAACUAAAUGCAAUUGACGCUGUUAUGCAAUUCGCGAUCAAAAAACUUGGUUUUCGCGUGGAGAAUAUUUUAGUUUUCGGUUGGAGUAUUGGAGGAUUCACGUCAACGUGGGCAGCUAUGAAUUAUCCAGACAUUAAAGGACUUAUAUUAGACGCGUCGUUUGAUGAUAUCCUACCGCUGGCGAUUAAUACGAUGCCAUCAUGGUCAGAAUCGAUUGUUCGCUUGGCUAUCAGAGAACACGUCAAUUUGAACAACGCCGAACAAUUAAUCAAAUAUCCCGGCCCGGUUCUAAUCAUACGUCGUACCGAAGAUGAAGUAAUUUGUUUAGAGCCUGGCGAUGUGAGCACUAAUCGCGGUAAUAAUUUGCUCAUGAAGAUGUUACUCUAUCGCUAUCCGAUCAUCUUCGGUCAGUAUCAACAAACCAUAGUACAAGAAUACCUCGCGUUGGCUCGUCCCAGCGCGCAGGAUCAGUACCUCGCGAAAGUUGGCUACAACAACGACGCGUCGAGUAAUUACGUCGAGCAGUACAUGUCCCAACAUCCCAAGGUGUAUCCAUCGCGUCUCGGUGAAGAUAUGAAGGACGAGGAUGUACGCGCAAAGGUGGCGCUGUUUUUGGUGCGAAAGCACUUCAAGGACUACAAGGCAACCCACUGUACCCCGCUACCAGCAGACAUGUUUCAACUUCCUUGGGAAGUGGACGAUUUCGUGUUUACAUAAACACACUAAUAAGCAUAGUUUUAUUGUAUUCUGUUUUGGUUUCUUUGUGGGUGCGUGCGGUGUAGGAAAAUGACAUUACUUAAGACUUAAGGAUGUAUCAGACUAUAUUUAUGUUAACCUUUACAAUUUUGAACGGCGGGACAUAAAGUUCAUCAUAUUUGUGAGAAAGUACUCAGAGGUCUGGCAUUCUAAUAAGACUUUCGCCUCCCUCUCAGCACAUUCAAGCAAGUUAUGAAUUAAAUUAUCAGUCAUCAA